GCCGCUCGGCCCCCGCCAGCCGGACCCCAACGACGCCAGCGUCGGAGCAGCUGCUCACGAGGAGGACGGUGAAUGACCAGAAGAUCGUCCUCAACUUUCUCAUGGAAGACUUUGCGUUUUUCCAAGAGGUCGAGAGGUUCAAGGCCUUGGUGGAUAGCAGUGCCGAGGCGGCAGCGGCGGGGAUGGGCACGGUCAUGGACGCAGCACGGCUUCGAGAGAAGGCGGCCAUCGUUAGCCGCCUCUUCCUCGACUCGGAGGACCUCCCUGCAUGCAGGGUGAACGUGCCACAGCAGCCACGCGAGCAGGUGCUGGAGGCCGUGCGUUUAGGUCACGUGGAGCGUGGCCUCUUCUUCCCAGCUGUAGUGCACCUGCUGCCCAGCCUCAUCUACUACUGGAGGAGGUUCUGCAGCGAGAGGGCCCUGCGCACCUACCUGGGAUUGGCCCCCUGGGAGCGAAGAGGACGACCCGAGGGAGGCCACGAGGACGGGCUGCCUCACCCCGGCCGGUUGGUCAUCUGCAGUGCAGAUUUCGAGUUUACGACGCUGAGAUUCAGCCUCUCCAAAGGAAUGCAGCUCCUCCAGCCUGUGAAGAGGGGCAAAUCGAGAAGGGCACUCUCCCCACAACAGCAGGCGCCUGACCUCCAUGUGACACACAAGCCACAAAUCUACAGAGGUGCUCAACCAUCCAUGUGAAUUACACUGGUCGCAAACGCUGGUCCCCAUAUGCUCGUGACUGACGACUGGCUGUGUUACAGUGGUGAGCCUGGAGCGGCUCGCUUGAGGCCUGUGGCUGUGAGCGGGGUUGAAGUCUCGUGGCUGAAGGUUUCUGAUUUCUGUGGUUAGUGAGCGCCUCUCCCUAUAAGAGGUGGUCAGAUGAGAAAAGUCUCAAGAAUAACUUAUCCAGGUGGUGCUUUAAGGAGAUAAACAUGUUGAGACAAAUGCUAUCUCUGAGCAAGACCUCAAUCAAUAAAUAUGUCAAUAAGUGC